AUGCAUCCAACAGAAGAAGAGCGAUGCUUUAGGACCCAGAGAAACAUUAAAUUUCAGGUUUUUCUAAGGUCCAAAGAUCUGGCUGAAUUGAAUGACGACCUUCGUGGAUUUUUUUCCGAACUCUGGACUAUCAAUUGUAGUGAGUAUAAUAAAGCGAGAGCUUUUGCGGAUGUAAACUGUAAAACUAAAAAAACGGUAGAUCAUAAGACCAAAAGAUAUGCGUCAACUCAGCAUAGGUUGGGCAACACAAAACUUCUGACAUGUGUGAAGAAUAUAGAAAAAGGCAAUGUCUACCAAAUACUGCAACCUUGGUUAGAUACUGAACUGUUAACCAGCACUGGGAAUAAAUGGCAGAGGAGAAGAAAAUUGAUAACAUCAGCUUUUAAUUUUAAUAUCAUGCUGGAAUUCAUACCUAUUUUUGUAGAACACGGAGAGGAUCUUGUUAAAGAUCUUAAAGCAGAAGAAGGUGAAACUGAAGAUCUUAUUCCAUUUUUGACAAAAUACACACUUAAUAAACUGCGAUGGAACUUUCAGACCCUGGCUUUACUCAAACAAAAUAUUCUCGUUAACUUCUUGUGGAGUCAGACAGUCAAAAUUAUUGAAUAUUCUGCACAACUUUACAAACACCAGAUCAGGAAAAGAAUGGCUAUGUUAGAUACUCUAAUUUUGGCACAUGCUGAAGGUGAAAUCAAUAACGAGGGUAUUAGGGAAGAAGUUGAUACUUUCGUUUAUGAGGGACAUGACACAACUGCAACAGCUAUAUUCUUCACAUUAUCACUACUUGUUGGACACAAAGAAAUUCAGGAGCAUGCCAGAAAUGAAGUUGACGGAGUAUUAAGUGUUAGUAAUGGAAAAAUAGGAUUGGCUGAAAUUCAAGAAUUCAAAUACCUCGAACGAUGCAUUAAAGAAGCUUCGCGAUUAUAUCCAAGCGUUCCGUUUAUAUCAAGAAAUAUUCGACAGGAUUUACAAUUAAGUACCCGCGUGAAAAAAAAAACUUUGUUGCACCUGCUGGUGCUAACGUUCAUCUCUACAUCUAUGAUCUUCAGACAUCCAAACUUCUGGCCAAAUCCUCACAAAUUUGAACCAGACAGGUUUUUAUCCGAACGAAUUCAAGAUAGACGUCCAUAUUCGUACAGUAGUUGA